UCCCCGGAGCCAGGACCCAGGAUGAGCGUGAAGCCCCCGGCCGCCGCGUGCUGACAGCCCCCCACCCCACCCUGCUGCUUCGUCCCAUGCUGGUCUCCGCCACGUGAAGUCUCCAGGACCACAGCCCCACAGACCACCCGCCACGCCGGCUGCCGAGAAGAUGCGGCGCGUGCUCCUGUGCCUGCUCUGGCUGCUGCGGGCGGCGCGGGGCCAGGCGGCGGCCAGGCCCAACAUCGUGCUGCUCAUGGCUGACGACCUGGGCAUCGGGGACCCCGGCUGCUACGGCAACACGACCCUCAGGACCCCCAAUAUCGACCGGCUGGCGGCCGGUGGGGUGAAGCUCACGCAGCACCUGGCCGCCUCCCCUCUCUGCACCCCGAGUCGGGCGGCCUUCCUCACCGGCCGCUACCCCAUCCGCUCAGGGAUGGCCUCGCGCUCACGCGUGGGUGUGUUCCUCUUCACGGCGUCCUCGGGCGGCCUCCCGCCCAGCGAGAUCACCUUCGCCACGCUGCUCCGGGACCAAGGCUACCGCACGGCGCUGGUCGGGAAGUGGCACCUGGGCAUGCACUGUGCCCACGCCGACGACUUCUGCCACCACCCGCUGAGCCACGGGUUCGAGCACUUCUACGGGCUGCCGCUGACGAACCUGCGGGACUGCAAGCCGGGCGCGGGCAGCGUGUUCGGCACGGGCGUGCGGCUGCUGGUGUUCCUGCCCCUGCAGCUGCUGGCCGUGGCGCUGGUCACGCUGGCCGCCCUGCGGCGCCUGGGCCUCCUGCGCGUGCCCCCGCUGGCCUUCGGGCUGCUGCUGGCGGCCGCCGUGGCGCUGCUGGCGCUGCUCGUGGCCUUCCUGCACACCUACCGGCCGCUCAACUGCUUCCUCAUGCGCGGCCGCCACGUCACGCAGCAGCCGCUCUCCUACGAGCUGCUCACACAGAGGCUCACGGCAGAGGCCACCCGCUUCCUGCGCCAGAGCGCGGGGUCGCCCUUCCUGCUGCUGGUGUCGUACCUGCAGGUGCACACCGCCCUCUUCUCGGGCCCGGACUUUGCCGGCCGCAGCCGGCACGGCGCCUACGGGGACGCGGCCGAGGAGAUGGACUGGAGCGUGGGGCAGAUCCUGGACACGCUGGACGAGCUGGGUCUGGCCAACAACACCCUCGUGUACUUCACCUCGGACCAGGGGGCGCACGUGGAGGAGGUGAGCCUCAAGGGUGAGGUCCACGGAGGCAGCAACGGCAUCUACAAAGGGGGCAAAGGUAACAACUGGGAGGGCGGCAUCCGUGUGCCCGGCAUCGUGCGCUGGCCCGGGGUGCUGCCCGCCGGGCUGGAAGUGGACGAGCCCACCAGCAACAUGGACAUCUUUCCCACGCUGGCCGGGCUGGCCGGGACCCCGCUGCCAGAUGACAGGGUCAUCGACGGCCGGGACCUCAUGCCCCUGCUGCAGGGCACGCGCGCGGUCUCGGAGCACGAGUUCCUCUUCCACUACUGCAACUUCUACCUCAACGCCGUGCGCUGGCGGCCCCGGAACAGCUCUAGCGUGUGGAAGGCGCUGUUCUUCACGCCCAAGUUCUCCCCCGAGGGCGCCAACGGCUGCUUCCCCAGCCACGUGUGCUUCUGCCACGGCCCCUUCGUCACGCAGCACCACCCGCCGCUGCUCUUCGACCUGUCGCGGGACCCGCGGGAGCGCACGCCGCUCACGCCCGCCACGGAGCCGCAGUACCCGCGCGUGCUGGCCGCCGUGCGCCGGGCCGUGGAGCGCCACGCGCAGACGCUGCGGCCGCGCGCGCCCGACCAGAUGGCCGCGGGCCACCUCGUGUGGAAGCCCUGGCUGCAGAUGUGCUGCUCCACCUGGAGCCAGGGCUGCCACUGCGACCGGGAGCCGCCACCGCCCAGCCCCGGCACCCACUAGCCGGACCCACCUGCCGGGGGUGGGGGGGGACGGAACACCGCCUGGACACCCCAGGGACGGGCACACCCAAUGCAACCGAGUCCGGCCCGCGCCAGCACCCGCCUUCCUCCUCGGCUGGGGCAGGAAGAGCAUCGGGUGCAACUGGGGCGCCGUGCUCCCGUGGCCCCCUGCCACGCCGGCUGGGCACGCCACGGACCCCACAAAGCGCUACGGCACCGAAGGCUCCUCCCUCGGCCACCCCCCACCCACCGUGCCGAGUGCCCCACUCGCCCCUGCCCCCGUGGCACCCAGCCUGCCCUGGCAGUGUCCACGUAGGCAGGGGGCCCGUGGCAUGGCCGUGCCGCCCUCCCCACCGGGCACGCCCACCACCAAAGCUCCUCUCGUGUGGAGUGCAGGGCGGAGGCGUGGCCUGAGGGGGCUGGAGGCGGGCACGGUCACUGGGCCGUCAUCCUGCCGCGUCCGUGGGGGUCUCGCCAAGGCCUCGUGCGGUGGCACCCUGCCACGCCUGGACCCCCAGGUUGGGUGGGUCAGGGAGGGGCAGAGAAGCGUGUGGCAGCGACCGCCCCCUCCCAUGGCGGACGGGCAGGCCCCCGCCGCUGGGGCCCCCGUGCCACACGCCGUGGCCACUGCUCCUGCAGAAUGUGCCCUGGGUGAUGGGCCACGCCAGGAGGGUCCCGUCACUGGGGGCCGGGCCCCGCAGAGAGGAGGGGCCACCAGUGUGCCGGGGGCUCGACAACCCGCCCUCCAGACCACUCUCUGUGUCUACAGACCGCUUCCUGUCCCUGCAGGCCACUUCCUGUCUCUGCAGGCCACUUCCUGUCCCUGCAGGCCACUUCCUGUCUCUGCAGAUUAUGCCCUUCCCUCCUAUGAAGUAUUUCCUGUCUCUGCAGACCACCUAUGUCCCACCUACAGACCACUUCCUGUCUCUACAGGCCACUUCCUGUCCCUCCAGACCACUUCCUGUUUCUACAGGCCACUUCCUGUCUCUGCAGAU